UACUGAAUUUCCACUGAUUUAUAGUACUGCUUUGCCGUUUCAUAUGUAUAAGAUCAGUUCAUUUUUAUUGGGCGUAAAUGAACGGGGCGGAUUGGCCAUACCUGCUUGGGGCAGUAUGACCAUGUAUUUUUUCAACAUAACCUGUAAAUACAGUUGUCAACAUUUGUAAACAUAGUUGGAAAUAGCUAGAUGUGGAAUCAUGAUGCGGAAGCAUACCAGAACAUCCGAUCGUAAAAAGUGGUCACAGAACGGCUUGAACGCGGCAAUGCGACAUGCAUUCUUAGUGCAUUGUGUCCCGCGGAAAACACUUGAACGUUAUUUACAUUGUGCAGAUCCUUUGCAGCUCCAGCUGCUCGGAUCAUUUGGUAAUAUUUUUACGACGGAGCAGUAUUCUCGCUAUGGACAACGAUUCUACGGUGUUACGACAAGAGAAAUCCGGAAGCUGGCGUAUGAUUUGGCCGAAAGAAAUGAUAUUCCUCACCCUUCCAAUAGCCAAAAGCAAUUAGCCGGAAUAGAUUGGUUGGCUGGCUUUCGAAAGUACCACCCACAACUCUCUUUUCGAACAUCAGAAGCAACCUCCGUCGCCAGGGCACAAGAAUUCAAUCGCAUUGCAGUCGGGAAAUUCUACGAUUCACUGGAGAACGUACAACAGAAGUACAACAUUCCAAGGCAAUUCAACGUCGAUGAGAAUUCAGUGAUUCCAGUACAGACCAGAAAUUCCAAAAUUCUAACAAUGCGGGGAAAAAGGCAGAAAAGCGCUAUAACUUCAGCUGAGUGCUGAGUGCUGAACACGGAAUAACAAUCAUAGAAUCUUCCACAGGACUCCCUAUGUUGCUACUGUCGGCACAAUUCAGUUCCUCUACGGGCGGCGAUGGAUGGAUCCAACGCUAUCGAUGCCAACAUUGGGUACAUAACGGCACAGAUAUUCUCUGUUCCUGCUUUGAGUAACGAAAAAUUGCAGUCCAAUCACUUUGAUCACAACCCAAUGAAAUA